GUGUCUCGAUUUGUUAUAUCAUUUAGCAGUUGGAUACGCAAAUCAAAAGAAAGAGAAAAUGUCAACCGACGUUGCCGUGCCUUUGGACACUGUGCCCGCAAACGGGGAUGCGGAAAUAUCGCCGAUGGAGACGGACUCUGGGGCGGAGGGUACAGCCGCCGCAGUUGCGCCGGUUAAAUCACGAAAGCGCGGUGCAAAAGCCGCCGCGGGAACGGAUAAUAAGAUAGCGUCGCCUAAGAAAAACAAACAGACGAAAGUUCCGAGCGCGGGCAAGGUACAUGUAGCUACAACAGAAAUUGUUCAUCCGAAGUAUAAUGAAAUGAUUGCAGCAGCGAUUGUCGCCCUCAAAGAGCGACACGGGUCAUCGAGACAGGCGAUUCUCAAGUACAUUCUCGCCAAUUACACCGUACAGAUAGACGAACGGAAGGUGAACAACCACCUGAAGAUGUCGCUACGGGCUGGUGUGAAAAACGGCAAACUCCAGCAGUCGAAGGGGUCCGGUGCUUGUGGCUCCUAUAAACUUGCAUCACCAUCCAAAACAAAAGCUGCAACUCCCAAGCCAGCCCAGGGAUCAUCCCCUUCUAAAGCACUGACCAAGGUCAAGGUCCCUGAGGUAGCAAGGACCAAAAUCACUCACGAAAAAAAAUCUAAGAAAUCCGGCAAGAUGUCUGUAUCCCCAAAGAAAGCCACUAAAUCAGCAAAGAAGGCCGUCGCUGUAUCACCAGCUAAACAAACUAAAGCUUCACCGGUGAAGGCCAAAACGCCGGCUCAGGCACCUAAUAAGGUUAUCAAGGAAACGAAGACACCAGUGACAAAUGACAAAUCAAAGAAAGCUCCCAAAAUGGAAAAAAAUGCUAACGCCGGUAAAAAGACUAAAGUCAGCCCUGAGUCUACAGAUGUCUCCGCGGAACCAAAGGCCGUUGAUGGCGAAUCGGUUGAAGAAGCUCUUCCCACUUCACAGACAAAGCCGGUGGUGGCACCUGCGGUUGAGACCCCUGCGACCAACAACACCACAGUUACGCAGCCCGCCAUUCCAGAAGCGGCUAAAACAACCAAGGGCCGCGGUCGAUCUAAGAAAACUACGCACUAAGCGUCUCAAAACAUAGUGACAUGUGUGCGAGAGCGUUGUAUGCCGACACAACAGUCAAGUUGUGGGUUCAUGACACGUCAUUAUUUUGAUACUUAAGUUUUGUUUAUUAGUUCAUGAAACUGUUUCGACUAUUACUCAACGUUUUGAAAAUCAGUCCAUUUGUUUUAUGUGUUCAUUGAACUGUUCAUGUUCGUGAGAUUCAUACUCAUAUAUGAUGUCAUAAAUGCAUUUUGUUAAAUGUCGAGGUGACAAUAAAACCAAAACAUGA